GGCGGGCGGCGCGGCGGAACCGGCGAUGCUGCUCUUCUGCCCGGCCUGCGGGAACGUGCUGGUGGCCGAGGAGGGGCCGCGCUGCCACCGCUUCGCCUGCACCACCUGUCCCUACGUGCGCAACGUCACGCGGAAGGUGACGAGCAGGAAGUACCCGCGGCUGAAGGAGGUGGACGAUGUGCUGGGCGGCGCCGCGGCCUGGGAGAACGUGGACUCCACGGCAGAGCCGUGCCCCAAGUGCGAGCACCCCCGCGCCUACUUCAUGCAGAUCCAGACGCGCUCGGCCGACGAGCCCAUGACCACCUUCUACAAGUGCUGCAACCCGCAGUGCGGGCACCGCUGGCGGGACUGAGGGCCGCGGGGAUGGAAUUACUGCUGCUCCUGCAAUAAACGCGGCACUGCGGGCAA